CGGGAAUCUGCUUCUGCAUCAAAUAUUCCUUGGGCCUAUUUUCGGCAUCGGCGCGAGGACUUCGUGAAUGCCAUGCUGCGGCCCGUGAGCAGCGAGUCCUGGCCCAGCAACGUCGGCCCCCCCUCGAUCGCCAGCUUCCGGGUAGCCUUCCGCGGCAGCUGCAGGCUGCCCCCCGACGUCCUGACCAGGUCCGCCGUGACCCUCGCCCUGCCCGCCGGCGUGGAGCAGCGCAGGCGCUCGUCGCCCGACGGCGACGGCGCCGCGGCCCUCGGGGGCUGGGGGCCGCCCGUGCGGCUGAAGGUUACCAGGGUGAGCCUCUCGCGGAGCCGCCGCGAGGACCGCCAGAGCCGCAGCCACAGCAGGGAGCGCGGGGCGCCCUCGCCCCCGGUGCGCGGGCACGGCGGCCCCGUGGCAGUGGCGCCGCAGCGCGGGCGCCUCGCGCAGGCGGCCCCGGCCCCGACGGCGAUGGGCGUGCCACAGAGCUGGCGCGAGUCCGUGGACACCGGGGCGAGAACGAGAGCCUCAAGGGCAGCAGCCGCGAGGGGAGCGAGCGCUGCGAGCAGAUCUGAGCCUCAGAGCACCGCCCUCCUCGCGCCGAGCGCGCCGCGCCCGUGGCUGCCGCUCACGCGCGCCAGGGCCAGCGCCGCCUCCGAGCCUGGAGCGCCGCAGGGCUUGCCCGGCCCGAGCCCGGCACAGAGCGGGCCAGCCGCGGAGGACCCCCUCGAGUCGUGACAGAAGCAGGACGGGAGGUGUCUCGUUGUUUUCGGCCUCGGGGGCCGCGGGCCCUCACUGGGCCUGGGCCGGUCCCGAGGAAGGAGUCCAGACCUCCGG